CGAGCAUCCCCGAGCGGAUGACGCCUAGAAUGUUGGCAUAGCUGUACAGUGGCGGUUGUGGUGGCCUUCUUCGCACUCUGAACCUAGGUGUGUGUGUGCGGAGGCGUAUGUGGGUCGCAGUGUGUGUGUGUGUGUGUGUAUAAUGGCUACAGAGACGCGUUGACUACCCAGGUUCCCGAUAAAAGUCAAUCUUUGACCCACCCUUUGUGGAAGUGGAUACAGGCUGAGGGCAGUUGGUGGGUACGAGCAGCACACCUCUAAAGUGCCGUUGGAGAGUGGUGGAUGUUUAGAGCAUCAGUUGGUUGGUUGUCAGGUGAAGGCGCCAGACGGAUUGGGUCAUCGUGACCUGAGGUAUGUUCAUGAUGACGAGGGUGAUGAAGAUGAGCGAGACCAUGAACCUUCUCCUAUGGAUGGUGUGCGGAAGCCUCUGCCUCAUUCUCACCGGUGCAUCGGAGAAAGAGAGGCUGCUCCACCAGAAGAUAUUCCACAACUACAACCUGAAGGUUCGGCCAGCCAAACACUGGGAGGAGAAAGUCAAAGUCCGAGUUGGGAUGACCCUCUCCCAGCUAGUCAGCCUGAAUGAGAAGAACGAGGAGAUGACAACCAACGUGUUCAUGAAUAUGGCAUGGACAGACUAUAGGCUGUCGUGGAAUCCGGAGGAUUAUGACCACAUAGAUGUCCUCCGGAUUCCUGCCAAAAAAGUGUGGCGGCCAGACAUCUACCUCAUAAACAAUAACGACGGCCAGUUUGAUGUGGCUCUGUACGUCAACGUGCUGGUCUACAGUGACGGCACGGUCAACUGGCUGCCUCCUGCCAUCUACCGUAGCAGCUGCCCCAUAGAGGUGGCGUACUUCCCGUUUGACUGGCAGAACUGCACCAUGGUCUUUCGCUCCUACACCUAUGACUCAUCGGAGGUGGACCUCCAGUAUGCCCUGGACGAGAACGGGGAGGAAAUACAUGAGAUCAUCAUAGAUGAGAAUGCCUUCACCGAGAACGGAGAGUGGGCGAUAUGCCACAAGCCCAGCAGGAAGAAUGAGAACCGUGAGGACCUGUACGAGGACAUUACCUUCUACCUGAUAAUCGAGAGGAAGCCUCUGUUCUAUGUGGUGAACAUCAUCGUCCCCUGUGUCCUCACUAUGGUUCUGGCCAUCUUCGUCUUCUACCUGCCACCUGGCGCAUGUGAGAAGAUGACCCUGUCCAUCUCCGUGCUCAUCGCUCUCACAGUGUUCAUGCUGCUCCUGGCUGACAAGGUACCGGAGACCUCUCUGGCCAUCCCGCUGAUCGUGAAUUAUGUCAUGUUCACCAUGAUUCUGGUCACCUUCUCCGUCAUCCUCAGUGUGGUGGUCCUCAACCUGCACCACCGAACCCCCUCCACACACAUCAUGCCCCCCUGGGUCCGCAAGGUGUUCAUCCACUUCCUACCUAAGUACCUGGGCAUGCAGAGGCCCCAACCGGAGGAGUCGCGAGAGGAGGAGCCUAGUGAUAACACGCCCCUCCGGAGCAUCGAGGGGCACAGGCCGGGCGGAGAGUACUUCUUCAGGAAGAUCAACCCUGAGCUAAUCCUCCCCUGGAAAGGCAGGAAUGAGAGUCCAGUCCAGAUCCGGAGGUUCUUUGACACUGAUAAUUACUGUCUAGUCCUCCCGGCGGAUCUCAAGUCAGCCAUUUCUGCCGUCACAUACAUGGCCGAGCAGCUGAAGAAGCAGGACGGCACCGACUCGGAAAGAGGAGACUGGCAGUACUUAGCCAUUGUGUUGGACAGGCUGUUCCUGUGGCUGUUUGUCAUCAUCACUACUCUGGGCACCCUGGCCAUGUUCCUGGACGCCAGCCUCAACUGCACCCCAGACGACCCCUUCCCCCUGAGGCCUUAAGUCCUCUCGCGCGCCCCAGCACGGAUAGCCUGGUGCCCGUGAGGGAUCACGGGCACCAGCCUAUCCGUGAACUACACUUCCCACAAUUCCACUGCUGAGUGCCGACUUGUUCUAUACGGGACUGACCGUAGAACCGAAUGAAUCCAGGUCACUCUCUGUAUCCUGUGCGUUACUGUCACUGUUUGAGAUGACAGACCUGUGUACCUUUACAUGACUAGUCCCCUUCUCUGAUCCAACUCUCUCGAAGCAGAGUUAUCUAACAAAUGCGGUUGGUUGGUUGAGCAUAUAUUAAAGAAAAUAUAUUAUUUAUAUCAUUUCUGAAUGUAAUAUAUUUAAUAAAUGUGUUAAACUAUUAUUGUGUUAAAAGGUAAUACAGUGCUUGUGGUAUUAAAGAACUGGUUUAAUGUC